AACAGAAGUGGAAAGUAAGGGCAACCUUCAGAAACUGAAAACUACUAUGUUCCCUACUUAAGCCACACGCACAAGGGAAGAUGUUCAGAGAACCUAGAGCCACGGGUCACAGAGUCGCCCACCCCAGCCAGGCCAACAGCAUCUGCAAGAUCCCCAAUGGCGCUGCCCUCUUCCUUCUUGGUGGCCCUGGUGGCGCUGGGCUGCAACUCCGUCUGCUCUCUGGGCUGUGACCUGCCUCAGACCCACGGCCUGCUGAACAGGAGGGCCUUGACGCUCCUGGGACAAAUGAGGAGACUCCCUGCCAGCUCCUGCCAGAAGGACAGAAAUGACUUCGCCUUCCCCCAGGACGUGUUUGGUGGAGAGCAGUCCCACAAGGCCCAAGCCCUUUCUGUGGUGCACGCGACGAACCAGAAGAUCUUCCACUUCUUCUGCACAGAGGUGUCCUCGUCCGCUGCUUGGAACACCACCCUCCUGGAGGAAUUCUGCACGGGACUUGAUCGGCAGCUGACCCGCCUGGAAGCCUGUGUCGUGCAGGAGGUGGGGGAGGGAGAGGCUCCCCUCACGAACGAGGACUCCAUCCUGAGGAACUACUUCCAAAGACUCUCCCUCUACCUGCAAGAGAAGAAAUACAGCCCUUGUGCCUGGGAGAUCGUCAGAGCAGAAAUCAUGAGAUCCUUGUAUUAUUCAUCAAUAGCCUUGCAGAAAAGAUUAAGAAGCGAGAAAUGA